UCGCUUAUGUUUAUUGAUGACAUCAACCAAGAGCUGGGGUUAAUUUACCACCACCCACUUGAAAGAGAGGGGUCAAUAAUUUACAAGGAUGCCAGAGUUUUCCAAAGUAUUUCCAAGUUUUAACUUCGAGUGACCUAAAACAUAAUUAUAGGUUUAUAAGUGCUUCCACUUCAGUUUGCAAUACUGAUAUCACUGUGCUGUGCACAACUCCGCUCGCUUCGGAAUGUAGACGCAAAUAUGUCUGUCUCCACAAUGGAACUACAAUCCGAACUGCUCAAGUCCAUCUGGUACGCGUUCACAUCGCUGGACAUGGAGAAAUGCGGCAAAGUAUCGAAGUCCCAGCUGAAGGUUCUCUCACAUAACCUGUACACGGUGUUGAAUAUCCCUCACGACCCCGUAGCACUGGAGGAGCACUUCCAAGACGAUGACGAUGGACCGGUGUCAAAACAUGGCUACAUGCAACCCUACCUCAACAAAUACAUACUGGCCAAGGUCAAAGAGGGUGCAUAUGACAAGGAGACGUUUGACGACCUGUGCUGGAUGAUGACCAUGAAGAAAAACUACAGACUUACCAGUGGCCAGGGGGGGCUGCUGUGCUCCCUGAGAGACUGCUUCAAACUUUUCUGUCUCUUCAACCUGCUGUCAGAGGACCACUACCCACUCAUCAUGAUUCCACAGGAGGUGGAGUACCUAAUGAAGAAAAUUUCCACUGCGAUGAACCAGGAGUGGGACGGCAAGCCCCUGGAGGACCUGCUAUCCCAAAAUGCCUCUGUCCAGGAGGAGGGCAUGUCGGUGUGGGUGUUCCUGGAUCACAUGGGUGCCGGGAGGCUGCUGAGGGUCAGCAAUGCGGGUGCCUUCAGUCUGGCUCUGGACCAGGUCUUCUUUGAGAUGUACCACAACGUCCUCAAGAGGGGUUACAUGUGGAAAAAGGGACAUGUGCGCAGGAACUGGAUGGAGCGUUGGUUUGUACUCAGGCCAUCCUUCAUGGCCUACUACGCCAGCGAGGACCUGAAAGACAAGAAGGGAGAGAUUCCAUUGGACCAGUAUUGUGUUGUGGAGGCUAUUCCAGACAGGGAUGGGAAGCGUUGUCUCUUUUGUGUGAAGACCACCAGCAAGACCUAUGAGAUGAGUGCCGCUGACCAGAGACAGAAGGUGGAAUGGACCCAAGCCUUGCAGACUGCCAUCCGUCUCCAGGGUGAGCGCAAGUCCUCCCUCCACCAGGAACUAAAGCUGAAGAGGCAGGUCCAGCGCGAGCAGAGUCUACGGGAGCGCAGCCUGAGCGCCAGCAGCAGCCGCGGCAACCAAUCAGAAGAGCUUACCAUUCAAGACCUGGAGAAGGAAAAGGAACGGCAAGGACGGGAGAUAGAGAGUAUUAUUCAGCACCAGCGAGAGGUGGAGGCACGGCGCAGGGAGGAGGAGGAGAAAGAGAGGGAGCAACAGAAGGAGGUCCAGAGAGAGUUGGAGAGACAGCUAGAGGAGGCAGAGAAGUUGCGGGAGAGCAUGCAGGCUGAGAUGGCAGAGAAGGAAAAGGAGGCCGAGCAGCAGAGGAAGCGGAUCCAGGAGCUGGAGCUGACCCAGCAGAAACUGGAGGCUGCUCUCAACACAGAGAUACAGGCCCACAUGGAGGAGGAGAGAGUCAGGCUGGAGCUAGAAGGGGUACUGCAGGCAGAGGAGGAGAAGAGCAGGCAGUGUCUGCUCCUCCAGGAGCAGCAGGAGGCAUCCCGCCACUUCAGCCCCAGGGAGGAGGCCCCAAACAGAGCUAAGGAAGAGCGGCCGGCCCCCUCUGCCCUUCACUACGCCUCCCAGGAGCUCCAGAGCCUCCGAGAGACCCGAGAGAGGAGUCACCAACACCUAGAGGAAGUUCAGGAGAAGCUUCGUAAAGCUAGCAACCAUGUCCGACACUGGAACGUUCAGCUCAACCGCCUAAUGAAACCCAUCGCACCUGGGGACAAGUUAUCAUCGUUGCCAGUGAAAAUCACCUGCUCGAAACAGGAGGGGGCGUUAGCCAGCAGUGAGUUUAUCGCUAAACUCCAACCAAGAGCCAAUCAAGAAACUCAGCAAAUACUUGAGAGCCAAUCGGCUACAGAAGAGAAAGGACUACAGGAACAGGUGGAGGCUUUCACCCUGUCAGAGCCUGGGGGAUCGUGAUGUGUCAUGGGUAAAUUGUAUCAAUCAAUGGUUGGGUGCCACUUUGUCGACUGUGCAGUCGGGCAUCAGAUUUCUACAUCAAUUGAGGUGCUUAGCUGAUGUGUUAAAUACCAAUCCAGGCUUUGAAGAUCUGGAAUGUAGUCGGGGAGGAACCUGACCUUUACCAAUGGUAGUGCUGACUAGGAGAUGAGUAGGAUCUGUAAAAAAAUACAUUUUAAGGGAAUUUGUCUUCCUUUAUAAAGUGCUUUGAUCGAGGAGAUACUACCUGUGCAAUAAGAAUGCACUUUUUUUUGUUUCUUCCUUCACAAAUAAUCUGCCGUUCUGUACGAACAUGUCCCAUGAGGACUAUGAUUCUUGGCAGGUGGACCCAGUAGCCUAUACACUACUUCAAGAACUGAGAAACACCUCAUUAACCAACUGACUGUUCAGAUUUCCAUCUUGCUAGGGGACAACAGUCAUUGUAAAUGAUACAAUACAGAGAAUAAACGACAGGUUUGAAUUUCUGUACAAAAGAAGUGUGCGUACUAGUAUGUAGUGUGUGAACAACGUGAUUGCUCUCUUCUCUAUUUGAUACAAGGCAGUCUAACAAACCCAUGUAUGCCAUUUUUUUGUCAGGAAAGGAAAACUGAAAUGCAAUCUAUUUGAAGUAACGUCUUAAAUCUGUGGCUCACAUAUGCCUAAUAUAUUGACAUAUAUUUCAAAUGCAUAUGUAAUAUGUACUAGUAUUUCAAAUAAAUAUAUCCAAAUACA